AACCAAUAUCUUAAUCAGGAAUUUCUUACAAAUUUGUAGAAAAAAUAAAGUUAGAACAGUUUGAAAAACUAGUUGAGCUGAUGGAGAAGCAUCCCGAAACUGGACGAGGCAAGCCGCAAUUUGGAAGCAGCAAAAGUAAAAGCAAGGGAUUGUGGGAGCAAUUUGCCAUAGAGCUAAACAGUUUAGGACCACUAAGAACUGCGCACGAGUGGGGACGAGUUUGGAUACACUAUAAGGCAAAUUUAAAAAGGAAGCUUGCCAACAAUCGCAGCAAUAUUAUUGCAACUGGUGGUGGUCCGUCGCAAGAAGUUUCUUUAAAUCCACUAGAAGAAAGUGUUGCGGAACUUAUUAAGAUAAGGGAACAAGUUGCACCCAGUGGCCGGGCGUUCGGGGUAGAGAAUAUACCACCGGUGAUGGAUGGCGAAUAAAUAGAAGACGGCUUAGUUGCAGCUUCGUCCAUGGUUGAUGAGCCCCAGGUAGCAAACAUUGAAGAUCGGCCCUCUUCGUCAGCAUCGCGUGUACAAAAUCGCCGCAGAAGCUGCAAUUUAGAAACUGAGCGUCUAGAGCUCCUAAAAAUGCAGGCAGAAACGCAAAAAGGGGUACUAAAAAAAAUUGAUAGAAUGGAAAAGACGGCGUACAAAAAUUACGACAUUAAUAAAAAA